GUUUUUGACUUGCAAAAAACGGCACCGUUUCUCUGCUUCUACAAUUCGAUACGGUGACGUUUCUUAAGUUGCCUGAUAGCCUUUUACUCAAAUGAGAGUCGUAUCCCUUUUCUCUUUAACUGAGACAAAGGGAAAGAUUCGCUUCUCCGGCGAGGAAAUUCAACUUCUCGGAAAUGGCAGUGUCUGGGAAUCUGAGGAUCUCUGCGAGCUUAGUAUCUCCUUAUCAUCACCAUCAUCCUAAACGCAUCUCAUUACCUUCUUCCAAGGUUGAUUUCACGGGCUUCGUAAGCAAUGGCGGAAACAGUUUGGAAUCCCAGAAAUGUCCUGGAGUGUCCAUCAGCCGCGAGAACACGCGUGGUCACGCGAAGGUCUUUGCAAGGAACAGCGGAGACUACGAACUAGCACCGAGCCCAGCUGAGCAAGAGGUAGAGAGCUUUCUCUUGAACGCAAUCAACAUGAGUUUCUUCGACCGGUUGAACAUAGCGUGGAAGAUAAUAUUCCCGUCGCACGCAUCGAGGAGAAGCUCCAACGCCAGAAUCGCGAAGCAGCGGCUCAAGAUGAUCCUCUUCUCAGACAGGUGCGCGGUGAGCGACGACGCUAAAAGGAAAAUAGUCAACAACAUUAUCCACGCGCUGUCGGAUUUCGUGGAGAUAGAAUCGGAGGAAAAAGUUCAGCUGAACGUCUCCACGGACGGUGAUCUCGGGACGAUUUACUCAGUCACGGUGCCCGUUAGGAGGGUGAAACCAGAGUACCAAGACGUGGACGAGGCUGGUUCGAUUACCAACGUGGAAUACAAAGAUACGCUUGAUGGUUCUGUGGAUGUCAGGUUCGAUUUUUAUGUUCCAGAGUGAUACGAAGAAACGGUUCUUUAGAGUGAUUUCUUGAACAGUGUAUUGUCUGUUUUCGUGUUGCUGUUCUUGAAGUUUUUUAGUAUGGAGGGAACAAAGAUAGUUUCUUGACACUCUCUCCCUAUGUAUAUAUAUGCAACUUCUCCCUUCUCUAAGGUUUUAACUACUAUUUUUGGCAUGAGUUGGUCAGGUUCAUAUACUUCGUAGCAAGAAUCCUGU